AUGUCUGUGCCUGAACACUGCUACUCCUACUACCACCACGAGCGCACCUACUUCUACCCUAAAAACUACUACUACCACCACUACGAAAACAUCUACAUCUACUACAGACUUUACAACUCCUACCACCACCAUGAGCGCAACUACUUCUACCACAGACAAUACUACACCAACCACCAUCACGAGCGCUCCUACUUCUGCCAUAGAUAUUACUACUCCUACCACCACCACGAACGCUCCUACUUAUACCACAGACCACACUACUAUUCCUACCACUACCACGAGAACACCUACUUGUACCACAGACCUGGCUACACCUACCACUAUCACGAGCACUCCUACUUCUACCACAGACAUUACUAUGCCUACCAACAACAUGAGCACUCCUACUUCUACCACAGAUAUUCCUAUUCCCACCACCACCCAGAGCGCUCCUACAUCUACCACAGACACUACUACUCCUACCCCCACCACGAGUGCAUCUACUUCUACAACAGACACUACUCCUGCUUCUACCACAGACACUACAACUGCUACCAGCACCACAAGUGCCACUACUUCUAUCACAGACACUACUACACCUACCACCACCACGAGAGCACCUACAUAAACUACUACUCCUACCACUACCACGAUCGCUCUUACUUCUACCACAGACAUUUCUACUCGUACCACCAACAGGAGCACCACUACUUCUACCACAGACACCACUAUUCCUACCAUGACCACGAGAACACCUACUUAUAUUCCUACUACAACCAGCACCAUGAGCGCUCCUACUUCUACCACAGACACUACUACACCUACCACCAACACGAACGCAACUACUUUUACCACAGACCCUGGUACUCCUACCACCACCAGGAGCAUUUCUAUUUCUACCAGAGAAACAAUUACUUCUACCACCACCACGAGCGCUCCUAA